AUGGUCAGUUCCAUUUCUAAAACGUUUUACGACAAAUUACCCAGCAAACCUGUUCUACACAGUUUAGAAGACUUCGAAUUGGAGGUUAAAACCGCAAGUGGAACACUUGUAAAUUACCUUGGGUAUAUUGAAGCUACAAUAGAAAGCAAAAUAUUUUCACAUGGCUCGGUUACAACUCUGUUUCUGGUAGUACCUACAACUGAAUACCGUCAUAAUGUCCCUGUGUUGAUAGGAACAAACGUUAUACGGGAACUCAAAGAAAACAAUAUUGAAGCAGAAGAUACACCAGACGUAUGGAAGUCAGCAUUUAUGUCAGUUGGUUCUGCAUCAGUUGGUAUCGUAACAUCGACGCAACCAGUUACACUCAAACCUAUGGAAAGCAGAACAAUAAGUGGUUUUGUACGCAAAACAAGAAAUGUUGAUGCAGCCGUCACUGAACCUAUAGAAGACAACUUUCAACAGAAGUCCAUAGUCUGUCCUCGUGUUGUACAGCUCACGAACUCAGGAAAGACCGCACGAGUUCCAGUCAAAAUAUGUAACAUAUCAGCAAAGGUUGUGAAAAUUCCAGCUAGAUCUGAAAUCUGUCAACUUAAUGAAGUAAAGGUAAUUAGACACGCUGACAUCGGCGGUGAUACAUCAAUACCUGAAAAAGCAAACGAAAGCAACAUUAGUGAAAACUUCUUACCUGAUCUCAAAUACCAUCCAGUGUCACAUCAGCAGACUGUACCUGAAAAAGAAAAGGAAAACACAUUAUAUGAUGAAUACAAUAUCAAACAAGCUUAUGGUGUAGACAUAGAAGAAUCGGAACUUUCAACUCAACAAAAACAAAAAGUUUACAAUCUCUUCAAUAAAUGGAAAUCAGUAUUUCCGAAAGGUCCGCAUAAUCUUGGACAUACUACAGCUGUCCGUCACAAAAUCGAGCUAACAGAUAAUACCCCGUUCAAGGAACCUUAUAGACGAGUCCCACCAGCAAUUUACAAUGAAGUUCGAGAACAUCUUCAAGAAAUGUUGAAAAUCGGUGCAAUACAAGAGUCAAAUAGUCCUUGGUUCUCGAACGUAGUAAUUGUCAAGAAGAAAGAUGGAACCAUCCGCUUUUGA